AUGCCCAAACAUAGCCGUCGUUACAGUGCAGUCGCGGAGCGCGUACCUGAGGACAGCAUCUACCAGCCCAGGGAAGCCAUCGACCUGCUGAAAGAGUUGUCCACCGCCAAGUUCGACGAGACCGUAGAGGUCCACCUGCGCACCACCGCCGACGUGCGCCACGCCGAGCAGCAGGUACGCGGCGUCACCGUGCUCCCCCACGGCCUGGGCAAGCAGGUGCGCGUGCUGGUGUUCGCCAACGGCGAGGCUGCCGACAUCGCCCGUCAGGCCGGCGCCGACUUCGUGGGCGACGACGACCUGAUCGCCCAGGUUGAAAGCGGCUGGGUCGAGUUCGACGUGGGAUUGGCGAUCCCGGAGAUCAUGUCCAAGAUCGGCCGACUGGGUAGGGUCCUGGGCCGCCGCGGCUUGAUGCCCAACCCGCGCACCGGAACCCUGGUGCCCGCCCGUGAUCUCCCCCGCGUCAUCCAGGAAUCCAAGGCCGGCCGACUGGAAUUUCGGACGGACCGUACCGCCAUCAUUCACGGGCAAUUUGGCAAGUCUUCAUUCGAGACCGACUCGUUGAUGGACAACCUGACGGUGUUCAUGGACUCCGUCAUGCGCGAGCGCCCGGAAGCGGUGAAGGGCGCCUUCAUCAAGUCCGCCUACGUCACUUCCUCCAUGGGGCCCGGCAUCUCGGUUGACGUGGCGACGCUCCAGGCGUUGAAGCCCGAGUAA